UCAUCUAUGCUAUUGAUGAGAAACAUCCCACAUCGGAAAUAUAAGAAUUAAUCUAUUACUAUAUAAAAGGUUGGGGCCAAUCCACUAAUCGUCAAUUGGUUUUAAGUUGGAAGCACAUAAUAAACCCGAAUCUAACAUGGUAAGAUCCUUUGACCUAAUUUACUACAACUACUACUACUAUACCGAUGUUGGACCCUCUGCGGAUGUUAUUCCCACAUUGUCCACGCUUCAGACUUAGAUGCCUGAGCGUGAGGGAUGGUAUUGAUGAGAAACAUCCCACAUCGGAAAUAUAAGAAUUAAUCUAUUACUAUAUAAAAUGUUAGGGUCAAUCCACUAAUCGUCAAUUGGUUUUAAGUUGGACGCCCAUAAUAAAUCCGAAUCUAACAUAUGCCAUACUAGAUAUGUUAACAUUAUAUGUUCCACUCCACCUAAUCCAAUAAUUUUAAAAAAUCUAAGCAAAGAAAACGUUGUACAUGUCUUUCUCUGUGGUUGUGCCGUCAACUUCACACUCUACUAAAAAAGCAACUAAUAAAUGGUCUCUUCUCCUUAAGAGAUAUCCCGUCUCCAGCUCUAUAAAAAGUUGGACAGAUCAAAUGCCUAAUUCUCACAUUCAAAUCACUAACUAUGGCCACCAACUCUGUCGUUGCAUUGGCGGACCAAACUUGCACCUACACAAUCAAUAUCCAGACAGGAACGAGAGCCGACUCGGGCACAGAUGCGAUCAUAGGGAUUGUACUGGCCGACCAAUCCGAAGAGUACAUCGAAAUUAAAGACCUAGUGAGUUGGGGUGGGAAAAUGCCAGAAGGUCACGACUACUUUGAAAACGGUAAUCUAGACAUCUUCAGUGGGACGGAGCGGUGUCUUCCAGGCCCAGUAUGUUUUAUGAGACUAAACUCUGACAACUCCGGCUACAAGCCGGGAUGGUAUGUUGUGUACGUGGAUGUAACGACGAGCAAGCCUGGAAGUGUGAGCAAGCAUCAACGCUUCACAGUGGAGCAGUGGCUUGCCGUCGAUGAGCCGCCGAAUCAGCUAUAUGCCGAGCGGAGCAACUGCCCUGUCUGAGAUCAAGAAGAAUCUCUAUUCAAUCGUUUGAGUCAAUAAAUCAAUGCGGGUUGAACAUUGUGUUGUGAACGUUUAUUGGCUAUAUGUGCAUUAAAUAAAAUUGUUGUCUUGUGUGCUAUUUGCCCAUAUGUAAAUUGAAUAAAGCCUGGGAUGGCAAAUUGGCAGUUAUUUAGAAUAUCCCAUUGAAUAAAAUUAUAAUGUUUUUGUUAUAUGUGAGAUGGAUGAUUAGUUGGA